UUAGGGUAUAUUAAGUUUAUGGAAACUGUUAUUAAAUAGUUCAAACUUUCGUGAGACAUUAUAAUAAACUUAUAUAAAAACGGCUAAACACUCACAUAUAUUCGUCGUUUGUCCCUCGCUCAAAAAACGGGCCGCGUCCGCGAAAUAACACCAGGCCCACUCACCCUGAUGAAGGGCCCCCGAUGGACUCGAAACUAGUCGGUGCCACCACCGGACGAAUAUGCGUAAAAUGAAACUCAUAAUUUGUAUUAUCGCAACUGGGAUAUUGUUCGGAAAUGUAUCAACGAAUAUUUCACUUGAAGGUGGCAAAGCGAUGCAUUUCUGUGGUAGAACCUUAAUCGAUGCUCUUAUAUUACUAUGUACCAUGGAAGAAACGCAUUCAUCUGCAGAAGUUCAACCAUCAGAACAGUAUAUUCUCAAAAAUACAUUGAAUGAAAUGAAAGCUAAUUACAAAGAUAUCAAAUCGAAACUAAGCAGACGUCAAAAAAGAGAUCUUGUUGAUACCUGUUGUUAUAAGCCAUGCAAAUAUGAAGAUUUGAGAAUGUAUUGUUAAAUAUAACAUAAAACUGAUUGGCAAAAUAAAUAAUGGUAAAAAAA